AUGGUGCAGAAAUGUGGGUAUUUGCCAUUGGCAAUUUGUUUACUCGGUGGGGUUUUGAGAGAGAAAAAAUCGAUUUUUGAGUGGGAAUCAGUAAAUGAGCAUAUCAAAGCAGCCAUAUAUGGAGAUGAAAAGCAGAUCGAUGGAGUGCUUAAUUUAAGCUAUGAAAGUCUACCCUAUUAUUUGAAGCCUUGCUUUCUCUUAAUGGGUGGUUUUAACGAGGAUGAAAACAUAGAUGCUCCGAAUCUAUAUAGGUCGUGGAUAGCACAAGGCAUGAUUUCAUAUGAGAAUAUUGGAGACAAGGAUGAAUGUUUAAUGGACAUCGCUGAGCUGUACUUAAGUGAGUUAGCCUCCAGGUCCAUUCUUCAAGUUGAAAUUUUCAAUGAUUAUGAUGCCGCAGUUAGAAAUAUAAAAUAUAAGACAUGCAAACUUCAUGAUGUAGUACGAGAACUAUGCUUGAAAUUGGGAAAAAGAGAGGAUUUUGGUGUGCUGAGUUUGGGGUAUAAAGGUGGGAAACUUAGUACCUUACUACGGGAAGCUUCCUCACAUAUUAAGAUACACCAUUUGACAAUCAAUUUCAGAAGUGAAGUCGAGCACGAGCCUACAGUCGCUUGUGGAGAAGAUACUAGCGAGCAUAUAAGGUCUGUUCGAUUAUCCAAUCUAAUAGAGUCGAAUGUUGUUGAGUUCCGCCCACGAAGUAUUGUUGAUUUUCAGAAAUUCAAAUUGCUUAGAGAACUAGUUAUCCUGAGAUUCAAAUUUGCAGGAGGGAAGUUACCGAAAGGAAUCACUAAACUAGUUCACCUUAGACGUUUGCGUUUAGAAGCUUGUGAACUUGAUAAGCUACCGUCAUCCAUGAUGAAUUUGGUAUACAUGGAUACCCUUGAUUUAUCAGAUUCAAUGAAUGUUGAAGUUCCAAAUGUUUUUAAGGAGAUGUUGCGAUUAAAACACACUUGA